AGAUGACUCCCGAGUCUUAUGUCCUGGGGCUAUCCAUAUGCUUUAAGGAAAUAUACUUACAAAUAUUAAUAUGCAUAACUGGAAAGUGCUUUAUGCAAAAUACAGGUAUCAUUUGAAAAGAUAUAAUCUGCUGAAUGUGGUAUUCUAUUUGUGUGCAUUUUAUCUAUUUAUGUGCCUCUUAUGUGAAGUUAGAAAUAUGAAGUAUAAACCUGUUUUACUAAUGUAGACAUGCUAAAUGAGGGCCAUUAAGGGUAUUUCAGCAACUUGAUGGCUCAUUGAUAAGGUCCAAUGAUCUAUAAAUGGGUUUGUUUUUCCUAUGAAUCAGUCCCUAGGAGGGACUGAGAUUCCCAGAAGGACUGUUCCCAACAUGGCUCUUAUGUUGUGUUUAAUCUCUCUCUUUCCUGGCAGAACAAAUUACUGUAUAACCUUUGAUCACAGAACACGCUGAUCAUCCUAUUUCUCCUCGUUAUUUGUGGGCUUCCUGAGAGACGUGGAGCAGGAAAAACAACAGAGUCCAGUGGCACCUUAAAGACUACACAUUUGAUUAUGGCAUAAGCUUUUGUUUCCUUCUAUGUCUGGUGAUUCUACUGAUGUGAAAGCUCUCUAAUGUGAGUACCCAGCAGCAGGCUUCUGCUGUCUGUGGUCUGGACUUUGACUCUCAAAGUGAUCUGCCAGCUCCCUCAUCUCCCCGUAAAGGCCAAUGUGUUAGACCAUCCAUGUCCAUUUGCUAUGACAUACAUCAGUGUUGAUGAGAGACAGGAACACUGCCGGGUGAUUUUGAGCUGCCAGAAUAAUCAGCUGUAUGCACAACAUGGCCUAAAGGAUUUUUCAGUUAGCAGCAUGCACCCACUAAAGAGCUUAGAGACUCGGAUUCUUGCUGGGGACUUCAACGCUGUAGACUCAUGUCACCUAGGCAAGGCAAGCUUGGCCAGUGCCGCAGAAACCCGGCUGUAUCGGAGCGUUGAGAAUCUACACUGGGCAACAGUUGCGGACUCGAGUCUGUAUUCCCACUGCCGGAGCAUGGACAAUGAGCUGCUUUUCCACUACAAAGGUGCCAGUUACUGGUCUGAAGGCUCUGCAGAGAGAGCUCCACCCCCGAGCACAGCAGACCCUUGCAGGCACUCUGAGCGAACAUCAUCAUCUGCGCGAAAUGUCCCCCUUCCUCCUUUUGCCAAAGUGCCUCAGUGGCUUUUCCCUUCCCCGGAGGAGAGGGCCCUACAUGGGGAUGCCAAAAAAGAACUGAAGGAGAAGCUGAGGAUUCACAGCGCCAAGGUGGUGGCGGUGCCCUGCAAACCCGUGCGUCCCCAAGCACCUUUGACCAGCUUGGUGGCGAAGGAGUUCUCAGCAUGCCGGGUGUGUCAGCAGUGCAAAAACGGGUGCUCUGUACACUGCUGUGCGGUGUUUGUGGAACACGCUGCCCUCAGUCAUGGCUCUGCAGUGGUGCUGGGGAGACAAAGGCCAUGUUUUACAUGCAGGAUACCCUGUCCGGAAGACAUCAAGCAGGAAGCUCGGAGGAGGUUGCAACUGAGAAGACAGAACAGCUCUCCCAGCCUGACGCUCCAUCAUGCCAGAGAAAGCCAAGAGAUUGUCAAAUCCAGAACCACUGGAUCCCUGAAGGGAUGUGAUGGGGAGACUGAAGCCAAAGGGGCGGGAGAGCUGAGCAGAAAAGGACACUGUAAAGGGAGGCUCUACAUCCCUACCUUUGAGGAGUUCAAAAGAAUGAGAAACAAGGAGACAUGUUUAUCUGCAGGUACCAAUGAGCCAACAAAGUGCCUGAGUGAGGGGUCUCUGGCAAGCCAGACUCUGGAAAGGGAAAACCAUAAGAACAUCUGCACAGCUGCGCCUCAAGAAGCCCUGGAAGCUAAACUCACCAGCAAUUCCACAGAAACAGCGGAUGACUCCGAUGACGUGUUUCAUGAAAGCCACAUUUCUGCUGGCUCUGUCCAUUAUCGAGACAUUCCAGCCACGUGGGGCAGCUUCAGUUUGCUCAGCGGAGCUGGAGCUAACCAAUGUCUGCUGAAGGAUAGUAGCGAGCAGUUAUCAAGUGCCGAUACGUCCCCAGUCCCUAUUUGCUCUAGCCCGAUUCCACUAUCACCUUUGCCAGCAAUAGCAAUCCAUGGGCAGGGGGAGGAGGUCUGCAGUGAUGAGCAGCAGGGAUUAGACUUGAGACAACUGAGUGGAGUCCUUCACUUCGCUGGACAGGCACUGGGUUCUGAAGCCCAGUCUUCUUGCUGUCCAUCGCUGCUGUUAGAAGCCACAGACCUAUCCAGUUACGGAGCUAAGCUACAAAAAAUGAAGGAUGAGUUCAUAGGCUCAGCACUGGAUCUUAUUAAGAAAAGCUGCAGCGCAGAGACUGCUGCCGACUCCCCAGCCACAGAAUCAUGUGACCCCAGGAAAGCUGAUCUCUCUUCUCUGGAGGACAGUGACCAAUACGCAGUAAUUUCCAUGGCAACGCGGAGGUGGAAAAACAAGCCAAAUGAUGAGAUACCUAGUGACAUUCAACCUACAGGAAGCAGUUCUGGCCCCAGCUGCCGCAGAUCCAGCUUUGACAUUGCCCAGGACAUUGCAGGCUGCACCAAAGCCCAGCGGGAGUGCCGGCUGCGGCCUCAUUUCAGCGACCCCAUGCCAACGGACGCUGUGAAGAGAAAACAGCUGGAGCUGAAGAUAGCUGCAGCAGCCCGGCAACACGCGCAGAAGCGCCGGCAGGAGAGAGACCACGGUCCAGUGGUGGCUAAAGCAAACGCCUCUUAUGGCAGCAGCUUUGAUGAGAACAGCCAUGCCCCACGCAGCUCCCUGCGAUCCAAGCACCGCUGGAGCAACGUCAGCAGCCUGAGCGCGGACAGCGGCAUCGUUGGCCUAGCCGACGAGAAGGAUGAUGCCGAGGCCGGCGGCACGACCAGAACCAGAACAGCAGAGGUGGAGCGGGCAGAUAGCGGCAUCGGCCAAGCACUGGCCAGGAAGUGGAAAAACAGGGCUUCUGAAACACUGACCUCCUUGCAGGCCUGGGAGGCGCACCGGCCCUGCACGGACUGCGGCGAGAGAGAUUUCCCAGUGGAGACAGACACACAGAAUCAGAACAAGAGACGAGACCUGUGUGCAAAGUGCCAGAAGCGCCGGACAGAGCGAAAGGAGUCGAUCCUGGAGUUCGUCAACACAGAAGCCAGCUACGGCGAGGACCUGCGGAUCAUCAAGGAGGAGUUCUACCUCCCCAUGCAGUCGGCUGGGCUGCUGACACACGAGCAGCUGCUGGUGGUGUUCAGCAAUAUCCAGGAGCUGAUUGACCUCAAUGAAAAUUUUCUAGAGUAUCUCCAGGAGGAAAUUGACCAAGCCUUUGAUCAGGGUGACGAGGACCUGAUGACCGUGUGCAUUGGCGAGAUCUUUCUGGAGUUUGUCAACAUGCUGCCAGCCUUUCAGACCUACUGUCUGCAGCAGUCUUCUUCGGUGAACAUGCUCAAUGCCCUGGAGAAGGAGAAAGAGCUACUCAGAAUAUUUCUCAACGUUUCCCAGAACGACAAUACGGUGCUUCGGCGCAUGAAUCUGAGAUCCUUCCUGAUGGCCCCCUUGCAGAGAGUCACCAAGUACCCGCUGCUUCUCAGCAGGAUCAUCAAAGCCACCAUUGAGUACCACCCGGAUCACGGCAGCCUGCGGGAAGCCAAGAGCCGCAUUGAGUCCCACCUGGAACACAUCAACAUGAAAACCAAGCAGGAAGGGAACACGUGGACCCUGCGCUCCUUCCGCCAAGACAGCAAGAAGAACAGGGAAGUCAUCAACAUUGAGAUGAGGGAAACCGCCAUCAAAACCAUGGGCUGGCUGCGGGAGGAGACGCGCUUUGUGAUGGAAGGGCCCCUGCAGCUUGCCCAGCCGCCUGAUGGCCAAUGGGUAAAGAAGGGCAGCAAGACCUUGAAAUUUCAGAACAUGCAGGUACUGCUUAUGGUCAACAUAAAGCGAGUGUCUGACUCUAGCCUUGAGGCUGCUGAGCUGGGACCCGUGAAAGAUGCCGUCCUGGUGCUGAUCCGGGACAAAAACAAUGGGAAAUUCAGUUUGCUCAGGGAACCCCUGAGGCUGAGUAACUGCGUCGUCUCCGCAGACCCCGACAGCAGUGAUACAUUUGAGCUCAUUGAGAUCAGGCGGGAGGCAUUUGUAUUCCGGGACGGGGACACAGCGCGAACUCACCACUGGUUCAGGCAGAUUAGGAGAUACUCGAGAGAGCUGGGUUCUUGGAAGAAGCGGCGGAAUGCUCUGCCCAACAUCAUGAUAAGCACAUCCCAUAACAGGUCUUGAGAUCUAGGGAGAAUGUUGGAAAAGACUGGGCUAAACCAGUGAGAACUGCACGGAACCGUCCCUGGACUCAAGGGUUGAAUUCAACCCUGACUCUAUCAACAAUCGUGGAGUUACACCAGGAAUAAGUCUGGCCUAACGAGGGUGAUAAAUUACUGGCAGCAUUGCAACCGGCUAUUACAGCCUCACCUGGGAUUCCAGCAAGAAGGACUUAACAUCCUAUUUGUGACUCAUUCGCCUAUUAUGAUUAGACUUCUUAUGAGGAGCAGGUCUCUGGAAAGAAACUAAUGAGCUAAAGUUGUUAAUAUUGCACUGAGAGUUAAUGGUGUCAGGUGCUUGACAGUACAGGGCUGUGAUGAGGAGCUCAUCUUGAUCAUGAGUAAGGUAUCAUUGUUGCACAUAUUUAAUCAGCAUUAAAUAAAGCCAAGGUCAAAGGUUGGUGCAGUAUUACUGAAUGAAGGAGGAGGUUUGGACAGUAUAACUCUCGAGUUUGACUGGUUUCCUCUCUCUUUCCCAAGAACUAUAUUUUAUUAUCUGAUUCCUACUGAGUUCAGUGAAAUAUGCUGUUGGGGGGAGUGGGGGAAUCAAUUGUUCUCUUUUAAACCAAACAAAGCAGAUGCAGAUUUGCUCAGAUUUAAUCAGAGUUGUAUGAAAGUACAAACCGAAAAAGCAGAUGAAAUGUACUCAGCUUUCUUUCCAAAAUAAUUGUAGAACACUCUGGAAGAGCAAUAUCCCCUACAUUUAAAAUCAUCAGGUUUUUAACUGGCUUUAAGAUAUGUCAGAAGACUGAUAUAAUGAUACAUCUGAAAUAUUUCAGAACUGUGGGUUUGUAAAUAAGGGUCUGUAACCACUUCUAGUAAAUUUCAAAGUCUGUGAUUAUUUAAAGAUGUAAUCUAGUGUAUUUCAAAAGUUUAAAAAAGAAACAGUUUACAUUGUACUGUAGUUUAACAACAAAAUGUUUUAAUAAUUAUGUUUCAAUGAUCCUAGAUGGGUAUUUUGUUUAUUUUUGGGUCCACUUCUUUUCUAGGAUUAGAAUUUCAUUGAUUGCAGAUUGUGUUUAGCUGAACAAGGAAACACAGACUGCUGUUGUUUGCACUCACUGAGCAAAAUUUAGAGAUGAGUCCAAGUAAGUCUAUAGGAAAUGUAGUUAAGAUAAUAUACAGUUUCUUCUAGACUCAGUCAUAUUACACUAAUUCUCACUAGAUAACCUGGCAUCAGUGUACAGUAGGCAUAGAUUGAUAAAGAUUGUGAAGGUGAAAGGCAGAUGUGGUGAAACUGACCACAAUAUAAGAGUUCAUGAUUCAAAGGAAAGGGAAGACAGAGAGCAGCAAAAUAAAGAAAACGGACACUAAAAAAAGCAGAUUUCCUCAAACUCAGAGAGCUGAUAUAUCUGGUCCCAUUGGAAGGAUCUCUAAAGGAAAAAGGAGUUCAAGACAGCUGACAAUAAGAGAGACAAUAUCAAAGGCACAACGGCUGACUGUCCCAACAUGGAAAAAAAGAUAGGAGGAACAGUAAGAAACCAACAUGGGUCCAUCAGGAACACUUUCAUUACCUAAAAAUAAUAAAAAAGACAUACAAAAAGUGGAAAUGAGGAUGAAUUGCUAAAGAUGAGUAUAAAAUAAUAGCACAAGCUCAUAGGGACAGAAUGAAAAAAGUUAAGGCACAAAAUGAGUUAGAUCAAGCAAGGGGCAUAUUAAGCAACACCAAGAGGUUCAGGAAAUACAUUAGAAGUAAGAGAAAGAUUAAGGCAAGUAUAGGUCCAUUAAUUAAUUGGAAAGGAGACCAAAUAAAGGACAACACACUGCAAGAAUGCUGAAAUGAUUAUUGCUUUUUUUGCUUCAGUUGUCAAUAAAACUAUUAAUUGUAACCAGAUGCUUCACACAAUUAAAAUUAACAGCAAGGAAGAAGAUAUCAAGGUAGAAAAGGAAAAGAAUAGGCUAAAGAAUAUUCAAAUAAAAUAGAUGUAUUCAAGUUGGCAGGGGCUGAUGAA